UCAUGUCUAACAAUAGAUAAUAUUACUCAUUAACCUAUUUACUGUAUAAAUAAGAAGGUCUUUUACCAAUGAAUCAGUAAACCUAAACUAGUCUUAACAAUGCGUGCUGUUAUUCUUUUAGCUCUCGUAAGCUCCGCUCUAGCGGUGCCGCAGCGCUCUUCGCGCAUUGUAGGCGGAUCUCCUACCACCGUUGAACAAUACCCAUAUAUGACUAACAUGCAGUAUGGUUUCCUUGGAUCUAUAUGGUUCCAAUUCUGUGGAGGGUCCCUUCUCACUUCUACAGCUGUACUUUCUGCUGCUCACUGUUACGAAGGAGACAGGCCUACCGAUUGGAGAGUACUCGUGGGCACAUCGUACGCCUCAAGCGGCGGACAAGCUAUUGCUGUCUCCCAAAUAAUCAUUCACGAAAACUACCAAAGCAGUACCAUCGAUUCUGACGUUGCAGUAAUUAGACUGGCCUAUUCAGCCAUAUUCUCUGAGAGUGUCGGAGUAGCGCGUAUUCCUGGUGUUAAUUACAUUGUACCUGAUGGUGCCAACGUUACUGCCAUAGGAUGGGGAGCCCUUGCACCCGGCGGUGGUGCUCCUGAACAACUUCAACACGUAGUUGUUAAUGUUAUAAACCAAGAAAUCUGCACCGAGCGGUAUGACUACCUGAGGACACAACCUGGUUUCCAAAACUGGCCUAGAAUCACAGAUGGCAUGUUGUGUGCUGGUAUACUCAACGUUGGUGGCAAAGAUGCCUGUCAGGGCGACUCAGGUGGCCCGUUGGCUCACCAAGGCGACAUUGUUGUUGGUGUCACGUCGUGGGGUUACAGCUGUGCGCACGAUUACUACCCAGGAGUAAAUGCUCGCGUAUCUGUAUAUUCAAAUUGGAUCGUCGCUAAUCCUAGAGUUGUCUUAACAAUGCGUGCUGUUAUUCUUCUAGCUCUCAUAGGCGCCGCUCUGGCGGUGCCGCAGCGUUUGUCGCGCAUCGUGGGUGGUACUCCUACCACCGUUGAACAGUACCCAUACAUGAGCAACAUGCAAUACCUUCUCUAUGGGUCUUUAUGGUACCAAUUUUGUGGAGGAUCCCUUCUUACUUCUACGGCUGUACUUUCUGCUGCUCACUGCUACGAAGGUGACAGGCCUACCGACUGGAGAGUACUCGUGGGCACAUCGUAUGCCUCAAGUGGCGGACAAGCUAUUGCUGUCUCCCAAAUAAUCAUUCACAAUGCCUACCAAAGCAGUACCGCCGAUGCUGACGUUGCAAUCAUCCGACUGGCCAAUUCGGCCAUAUUCUCUGAUAGCGUUGGGGUAGCACGCAUUCCUGGUGUUAACUACAUUGUACCCGACGGUGCCGUCGUCACUGCCAUAGGAUGGGGAUCCCUUACACCCGGCGGUAGUUAUCCUGAACAACUUCAACAUGUAAACAUUAAUGUUAUCAACCAAGAAAUUUGUACCGAGCGCUAUGACUAUCUAAGGAGUCAACCUGGUUUCCAACAUUGGCCUAGAAUCACAGACGGCAUGUUGUGUGCUGGUAUACUCAACGUUGGUGGCAAAGAUGCCUGUCAGGGCGACUCAGGUGGCCCACUUGCCCACGAUGGCGACAUAGUCGUGGGUAUCACAUCAUGGGGUUACGGUUGUGCGCACGACUACUACCCCGGGGUUAAUACUCGCGUAUCUGUAUAUUCCGAUUGGAUCGUUGCUAAUGCUAGUUAAAAUAUGUUUACUAUCAAUAAGUCAUUAUAUUUACAAAUAAAAGUAUC